CAGCAAUGUCAACAUAUAUGAUUUACACGGGAUCAACCACGUAUAAUAAUAGUACUGUUUACUAAUUAUUACUGAAAUAAUUUGUCUGUAAAAUAGUUUUAUAGGAAAUAAUUCUUUGUACAAUAAAAUUGAGAUAUAUGUAUGGUAUACGUGUCUUGUGUUCGUUUAAAAGUCCAAAAUGUCUGAUUGAUUAUUUUGCCAUCCAUUUUGUUUUUUAUGGUUAAAAUGAAAAUUAUAUAAAUGUGUGCGUUAUUUAAGAAAACACACCUAUUUGUAUGUAUGUGCGGUUUACGCAAAAGAAAGAAACAAAUACAUGAUCAGCCUGUACAUGAUUGGUGUUAUCGAUGCGUUAUUUUUUCCAUUUAUGCUCUUAAGCUAGUUAUGUGAGUGGGAAUAUUGAUUAUUAUUUUUAAGUUGUCAAGUUAAAUGUCUGCUUAGUACUUGCAAAAUCUAUGGUAUAAAUUCCGUUACAAUCUUUUUUUUAUUAAACAUUAUUCCCUUACAAUCUUGCAGGACACUACGAGUUGAUGAUACGUUAAAAUACUUCAAAAUAAGAGGUUGAAAAGCCGGGUGAAAUACGAAUAACGUAUGCAAAAAGUGAACAAUUUAAAGUUGGUCGUCCAAAGUGAAAGCUUUAAUAUUGUUUAAAAAACUUUGCUUAUAAAUAUGGGAAGCCUUGUGGGGAACUCAAAGCACAUCGGGUCUUAUCACUCUCUAACAUACAUACAUACAUAUAUAGAGAGAAAGCGAUCAGCAAGAGAAAUGAAUGUCGUUGGAGGAGAGAGAUCAUCAAUAGUAGACAAAUGGGCACCGGCUAUGGCUGUUGUGGUAGCAAAUACAGUGACGGGUUCAGUAAAUGCCCUUGUGAAGAAGGCUCUUGAUGGUGGUGUUAACCAUAUGGUCAUUGGUGCUUAUCGUCUGGCUAUUUCUGCUUUCAUUUUGGCUCCUCUCGCUUAUUUCUUGGAAAGGAAAACAAGACCGAAGAUAACGUUAAGGCUAUUGAUCGAUCAUUUCAUCAGCGGUUUGAUUGGGGCGAGUUUGGUACAAUUUUUCUUUAUGCUUGGUCUGUCGUACACGUCAGCAACUGUUUCGGGUGCUUUUCUGAGCAUGAUGCCUGCAAUUACCUUCGCUUUGUCCCUUAUUUUAAGAAUGGAAAGUGUAAGAGAUCUAAAGAGCGAAACAGGAAUGCUAAAAGUGAUGGGAACAUUGAUAUGCGUCAGUGGAGCGUUGUUAUUAACAUUUUACAAAGGUCCUCAGAUAUCACACUUUCACUCUCACCCAGAGGCUCUUCAGAACAACAACAACCAUCAAAGCAAGACAAAUAAUUGGCUUCUUGGAUGUCUCUAUGCUGCUAUAGGAGCCUCGUUUUUUUCUAUGUGGAUGCUUUUCCAAGGGACUUUAAACAUUAAGUACCCUUGCAAAUACACGAGCAUUUGUCUCAUGUCCGUGUUCGGCUCAUUCCAAUGUGCUCUCUUGAGUCUCUACAAAAGGAGAACUGUCAAUGAUUGGGUCAUUGAUGAUAGAUUCGUCAUUUUCGUCAUUGCAUACGCGGGAAUAGUGGGGCAAGCGAUGUCGACAGUAGCAACAACAUGGUCGAUUAAGAAAUUGGGAGCCGUUUUCGCAUCAACGUUUAGUCCCAUUAUGCUCAUCUCAGCUACUCUAUUCGAUUUCCUCAUCUUACACACUCCUUUGUGCCUCGGCAGUAUAAUUGGAUCCGUGGUGGUAGUAACGGGUCUCUACGUGUACUUGUGGGGUAAGAACAAAGAAAUGAAAGCAGCAGCAACAAUGUGUCCUCCGAUCCAAAACGAAGAUAAAUACAAUACUAAUGAUAAUAACACCAACAAUAACGGCUCUAGGUUAUCCGUUUAAUAUGGUUUGAAUGAAGAGGAUUUGAGAUAUAAUAAAGCACCUCCGUUUACUCUCUUUAUACUAUGUUUGUAUUGUUUCAGAUUAAUGUGACAAAAUUGUAUUAUAAAUUUAUACGCUAUGAGCAUCUCAAUAGUUCUAAAUUUUGUCCAAUGCAAAUUAUUAAUUUUGUAUAUCCACUAACUAAAUAUUUGGAUU